AUGCAAAAGCUGUAUGCGGCGGGCGGUGCACCUGGCGGUCCCGGCGGCAUGCCGGACUUUGGUGCGAGUGGCGCCCCUCCUCCGGCGUCGAGCGCCCAAGGUCCCAAGAUUGAAGAAGUCGACUAA